AUGCCUCCCGCAAAGCGGCGCAAACUCAGCCCGCUACCUGACGAAGCCUCAUCCCCAAAUCCAGAGGUCAAGAAAGACUCCCAAGAGGAAAAAGGCGUGCAGAAAGAUGAGAGCAAUGUUGCGGCUGAAUCAGCCGACGCCCAAGGAGCAGCGGUAGGAUUUACCUCUACCAAGGAUUCUACCGCAGAUAGAUUAGCGCGCUUUGCGGCUUUGAAAUCGCGAGCAACGGCGUCCGCAAAGUCGAAUCUUGCCGAAGCGAAAGCGGAAGCCAACCGCGCCGCCGUGGACCCCGAGCUGCUCGCGAGCCUCAACAGGAAAGCGGCAAUUGCAUCCCACAACAUACUGAAAGCAGAUACGGAGGAGGACGAAGGUCAAGGGGCAUUCGAACGCAAGCGUGCUUGGGAUUAUACCAUUGAAGAGAGCGAAAGAUGGGAUGAGCGUAUGCAACAAAAGAAAGGCAACCGAGAAAACAACGCUUUCAAGGACUACAGCGCGGAAGCCAGCAAAAUGUACGAUCGGCAGAUCCGUGAAUUGGAGAAGAACGCUCGGAAAGACGGUGGCAAGCACCGAGAGGAUUAUGAGCGGCAGAAAGCCGAGAUAUUGGAAAAUGCAGCGCGAACAGGAGGACUGGAGAUUGUGGAAAUGGACAACGGGGAACUGGUUGCCAUUGAUAAAGAUGGGCGAUUCUAUGCGAACAACGAAAGUACAGGCUUUGUGGAACAGAAGCCGAAACGCGAGAAUGUUGACCGUCUGGUGAAUGACUUGAAAAAGGCAGAGGAAGCAAGGUUCAAGAAACGCCGUGACCGCGGACGGGAGGCCGACGAAGGCGAUGUCACUUACAUCAACGACAAGAACAAGCAGUUCAACUUGAAGUUGGCCCGGUUUUAUGAUCGAUACACCACUGAUAUCCGGGAGAGUUUUGAGAGGGGGACAGCGAUCUGA